CCUAAUCCUUCUCUGGGUGUGUUAUUUCCCCCUCAGCCCUCCUGUAAUAACCUGCACCUUCCUGAUUAAAUAAUACACUUUAAUGGAGAGAGACAGCGACAGGGGAACACAGAGAGACACACACAGAGAGAGAGAGAGAUGGUUUCAGUGACUAGAAGAAACACAGCAGAAGGGGAGGAGACAUCAAGUAAAUGAAGAGUAAACACAAAGAGAGAAAGUUACAGGAAAAGUUGGAAACUGAGAAAGAAUGUAAUCACAGCUAAAGAGACAGACACAAACCUUUCAGGACUGGAACAUACCGACACGAGGCCCUGAAGGAAGGAGACCUGCUCAUUUAAUUGCAGUAUUGAGUCCACCACCUGUCUACACCUAUGGCUACUGGUGGCAACAAGCGCUGGACCCAGCUUUUAUUUCCUGAAAUAUUCCUUUACGUUUUUUGAUUUCUUUUUCUCCAUCCAAAACUGAAUGAACUUUCUCUUUAGUGGAAAAAAAACCCAACAAAUACAGGUCCAUUGUUAAAAGGAAGGAUGUGGAGGGAUGAGAGGCUACUCAGCCACUUCAAAAGAAAUCUACAGCCCACCUUGACCUACUGGAGUGUGUUCUUCAGUUUUGGUCUGUGCAUUGCCUUCCUGGGACCCACCUUGCUGGACCUGAGAUGCCAGACACACAGCAGCCUGCAGGAGAUCACCUGGGUCUUCUUCUCUCAACAGUUUUGCAUUCUGGUGGGGAGCUCUAUGGGGGGUGUCUUCAAAAAGACAUUGAAGCUGUGUUUGUUCAUACUCUUCAUUUCUUCUUUGGUCAUCUCCUUGGUGUUUGCCAUCAUUCCAUUUUGCGGUCAUGUUGGAGUCCUAGCAAUGGUUAUGGCAAUAGCUGGUCUUGCCAUGGGUUGCAUUGACACAAUCUCCAAUAUGCAGCUGGUAAAAAUUUACCAGCAAGACUCAGCUGUAUUCCUUCAGGUUCUUCAUUUCUUCAUGGGUUUUGGGGCGCUACUCAGUCCUCUAAUAGCAGACCCAUUUCUCUCUGAUACCAACUGCAUCCAAUCGAAUAACACUCAGAAUGGGAGCCGUAACUUGGAACACAUAAGGAAUUCUCUAGUUCCUCAUAAUCCUGGCAACGUUUCCCACUAUGUACUUCCUCUUCAGGGGCCAACAAUUACACAAGUAUCCUAUGCCUUCUGGAUCAUGGCUGCCAUCAAUCUCCCAGUGCCUAUAGCUGUUUUCCUUCUCAUGUAUAAGAACAGAAUGGUGCCAGGCUGUUCUAACCAGAGUGGGACCUUGCUGUCUGCAGAUGAGCUGGCAAUGGAAACUCAGAAAGAGAAUGAGGGAAGUAAUACUGGAGUGGAGGAGGCAGUGGUGGAGCCAUGUGAAGAAAAGGAUCAUGGGGUGAACACGUUGUGUUGUCAGAGUAAGAAGUUUUGGAAUGCUCCCUACUCAUUUUUUGCCAUUCAUGCUUGUGGAGCUUUCGUGCUGUUUAUGAGCGACGGGAUUGUGGGGGAAUACUCAGGAUUUGUGUAUAGCUACGCGGUAGAACAGCCACUGUACCUAGCGCACAAGACAGCAGGGUACCUACCUAGUCUCUUCUGGGCUUUUAUUACAUUUGGAAGAUUGAUUUCCAUCCCAGUGUCCUACAAGUUGGCCCCUCGAUCCAUGCUCUUCAUCAACCUGACUGGCGUGGUAGUGGCAUUCCUGUUUCUCAUGUUGUCACAGAACAGUGUGGCCGGUCUUUUUACAGGGACAGCUUUUCUUGGACUCUUUCUCAGUAGCGUCUUUCCCAGCAUGUUGGCCUAUACAGAAGACAUCCUAAAUUACAAAGGCUGUGCCACCACCCUUCUUGUUACUGCAGCCGGAAUGGGUGAAAUGGUUCUACAGAUCCUUGUGGGAAUGGUGAUCCAGACUGAAGGCAGUUACAGUUUCCUGGUAUGCGGUGUCAGUCUUGCCUCUCUGGCUUUUACAUUGUUCAUCGUAUUAAAUGUCUUGGACAGCUUACAACCCAGGGCAUCAAAAGACACCACAUGUAAAACCCCAGAGCUUGGCAGAGAAGCUGAUCCAUACCAGCGCUAGACAAGACUACUAUUCACAGAUCAAGCCAAUCGAUAUGUUGUGUCUGCACUAUAGACUUCGCCUUACCUUGUUUCAUUCUUGGGAGAUCCACAUCAGUUGUGCAGUCUUCACUAUCAACAAAGGGAUCUCUGAGUCAAAGGUUAUCCUUUGGAUUUGGACAUUUAUAAAUGAAUGACACAUUGCACAACUGCUAUAGCUCAGUAGGUACUUGGACAAUUGGAAAAUUUGAUAUAUUUGUAAAAGCACCUAUAUCUCCACACAGUAGAGGUUGAUGGGAUCUAGAUUGGAAGUGUUUGUUUACAGGUACACUUGUCAAGAUUAGAAAGUUUAUUAAUGGUUACCAACGAUGGCUUUUUAUUUGCAUGUGAUCAAUUACCUUUUUUGCUAAUGACAGGUGUCCCUGUAAGGUACAAUUUUAACCAUUUCAAAAUUUUACAGAUCAGAAAUUAAGAAAAAAAAAUCUUGCUUAAAUUUGUAGUAUUAAAAACAAUAAAAAUUGUAAUUGAAGGUAAAAAAAUUGUUUUAUCUUAACUCUUUCUUGUUCCACAUAGAACCACCUGCAUCAUUGUAUCUUACACAUGCAUCUUCCAUAUCUGUGGGAUGUGUGUAGUGUGUAGGAAUGCCUGUGCAUGUGUGAUUUUCAGUGAAA